UUGAGCGCUGCUGACCUCUGGCAAAAAGGGAGUGACAGAGAACUGGAGAGGCAGAAGGGGGAGAAGUUCAAGUGCAGGUUUUCUCCUUGAACCUAGAAGAUAAUGGGUCAAGAGCUGUGCGCCAAAACUCUGCAGCCCGGCUGCCGCUGCCAUCGCUGCGGGGAGGGAGGCGAUGCGCCCCGCUGCCCGAGGAGCGCGCCGGGGACCACCACCGAGGCUGCCAUCCAGUUAACAGACCUAAAAGAAGCAUCAUGUUCCAUGACUUCAUUUCACCCCAGGGGACCUCAGGCUGUCCAUUCCCGGAAGUUCAAGAGCAAAAGGCCUCGAAGUAACAGUGAUUCUUUUCAGGAAGAGGAUCUGAGGCUGAGUGUUCAGUGGCAGAGGAAGAACCUCCCUUUUGGGGCAGCCUCAUCAUACUUGAACUUGGAGAAGCUGGGUGAAGGUUCUUAUGCUACAGUUUACAAGGGGAUCAGCAGGAUCAAUGGACAAUUAGUGGCUUUAAAAGUCAUCAGCAUGAAUGCAGAGGAAGGAGUCCCAUUUACGGCUAUCCGGGAAGCUUCCCUCCUGAAGGGUAUGAAGCAUGCCAAUAUUGUGCUCCUGCAUGACAUAAUCCACACCAAAGAGACGCUGACAUUUGUUUUUGAGUACAUGCACACAGACCUGGCCCAGUACAUGUCUCAACACCCAGGAGGACUUCAUCCUCAUAAUGUCAGACUUUUCAUGUUUCAACUUUUGCGGGGCCUGGCAUACAUCCACCACCAACACGUUCUUCACAGAGACCUGAAACCUCAGAACUUACUCAUCAGUCACCUGGGAGAGCUCAAACUGGCUGAUUUUGGUCUUGCUCGAGCCAAAUCCGUUCCCAGCCAGACAUACUCUUCAGAAGUUGUAACCCUCUGGUAUCGUCCUCCUGAUGCAUUGCUAGGAGCCACAGAAUAUUCCUUUGAACUGGACAUGUGGGGUGCAGGCUGUAUCUUCAUUGAAAUGUUCCAGGGCCAACCUUUGUUUCCUGGGGUGUCCAACAUCUUGGAACAGCUGGAGAAGAUCUGGGAGGUACUAGGAGUUCCUACAGAGGAUACCUGGCCUGGAGUUUCCAAACUACCUAACUACAAUCCAGAAUGGUUUCCAUUGCUUAAGCCUCAAAGCCUUCAGAAUGUCUGGAACAGUUUGGGCAGAGUCCCUGAAGCUGAAGACCUGGCCUCACAAAUGCUAAAAGGCUUUCCUCGGGAUCGAGUCUCUGCUCAGAAAGCGCUCAUCCAUGAUUACUUCCGUGACCUGCCCCCUCAGCUACACCAGCUUUCUGAUGGGGAAUCUUUGUUUACAGUGUCAGGAGUGAGUCUCAAGCCAGAAAUGUGUGACCUUUUGGCCUCCUACCAGAAGGGUCACCAUCCAACCCGGUUUAGCAAAUGUUGGUGACAAGAAAGGGCAAGAUCACCAAGAUCC